AUGGUAAAUUCUGUGCGUUAUGGUCGCGUACCAAAACGUUCACGUGAGCUGAAUGGCGGCCAGCCAUCCAGCACAGAGGAUCCAAACGCUGCUGUAGUUGUAGUCAAUUCGUGUGAUUUACGGCGUGUCAGCACACCGGGAACACCGAAUACACCACAAACGCCACAAAUGUGUUCCAUAGCAUCAUCACCAUCCGAAUUGGGCGGCUGUAAUGCCACCAGCAACAACAACAACACAAACUCAUCACAAUUGGUCGUCGGCGUUGGCGGCCCCUCGAACGGUAGCGGCGGGGGCAUGGUCGUCGGCAUUGGCAAUGGGUCGAAUAUGAAUUCACAGCAAUUGAAUACCGUUCACGAAGGUCUGGCCGGCAAUAAUGGUGGCACCGAUCUGACCGUCUACGAUGUGAUUAUGUGCGUAUCGCAGGCACAUCGCAUGAACUGUGCCUAUACGGAGGAGCAGACCAGAGAUUUAAUGCGUCGACCCUUAAAUGUACCGCCCAAUGGUUUAAUAUCUUCAGUAUCGGAGAAUAUGGAAUUUCAAAAGAUGUGGCUCUGGCAGCAGUAUGCGGCGCGUGUUACACCCAACGUCCAGCGCAUUGUCGAGUUCGCCAAACGUUUACCUGGAUUCUGUGAUUUUACGCAAGACGAUCAGCUGAUACUCAUCAAAAUGGGCUUCUUCGAGACAUGGCUAACGCAUGUGGCCCGUCUGAUAACCGACUCCACACUGACCUUCGACGAUGGCACGUAUUUGACGCGGCAACAUUUGGAAAUUAUUUAUGAUACCGAUUUUGUGGUCUCCCUGUUCAAUUUUGCCAACACCAUCAACGUGUACGGUCUCAGUGACACUGAGAUUGGCCUCUUCUCGGCCAUGGUCCUAUUGGCCUCCGAUCGACCUGGCAUCUCUGAGGCGAAAAUGAUCGCCCGAACACGAGAACGUAUUACGGAAGCGCUGCGCGUACAAAUCGUACGAUCACGUAACGGUACAACGCAGGCGCUACAGCUGAUGCCCGCGUUGGAGGCUAAAAUACCCGAACUGAGAGCAUUGGGUCUGAAACACAGUGCCCAUUGUAAUUGGUUGAGGAUAACAAAGCCCCGGUUGCCACCAUUGUUUGCGGAAUUAUUUGACAUUCCUAUGGAAGAAGAGAAUUAAA